GAGGCGGCCCCAGCGCAGGAUUUUCCAUUCUCGAGGCGUGGGUGCAUGGAGGAGGAGGAGGAAAAGCCCCAGAGAUCCCUCACAAGGAGGAGCAGCAAACCCAGCCCAGGGAGCUGCCGGGUGGAAGGACCCUCCCUGAGCCGAGAAGGCGGCAAGAGAUCCAGGCAGAGCUCAGAGCUGGUGGAGAAGCCUCAUGGAGGAGAGAAGCCCCACAAGUGCUUGGAAUGUGGGAGGAGUUUCAGGUGGAACUCUGAGCUGAUCCGGCACCAGAGGAUCCACACUGGGGAACGGCCCUACGAGUGUGGAGCAUGUGGGAAGAGCUUCAGCCAGAGCUCCAACCUGAUCCAGCACCAGAGGAUCCACACUGGGGAGAAGCCCUACGAGUGUGGGGAAUGUGGGAAGGGAUUCAGAGACAGCUCCACCCUGACCCACCACCAGAGGACCCACACAAGGGAACGGCCCUAUGAGUGUGAGGAAUGUCGGAAGAGCUUCACCCAGAGGUCUAACCUGAUCCAACACCAGAUGAUCCACACUGGGGAACGGCCUUUUGAGUGUGGGAAAUGCAGGAAGAGUUUCUGCACAGUAUCUGAUCUGAUGAGGCACCAGGUGAUCCACACAGGGGAACGGCCCUACACCUGCUUGGAAUGUGGGAAGAGCUUUGGGUGGAUGUGCUACCUGAAUAAACAUCAGCUCAUCCACACCAGGGAGAGGCCCUUCGAGUGUCCCAAGUGUGGGAAGAGGUUUCAGACCAGCUCUGAUUGCCUCAAACAUGAGCGGAUUCACACAGAUGAGAGGCCUUUCCGCUGCCCCGACUGCAGGAAGGGAUUCAAGGAAAAUGGACAGCUCGUUGUCCACCAGCGUAUCCACCUUGGGGAGAGGCCCUACGAGUGUCAUGAGUGUGGGAAGAGCUUCUCCUGGAGCUCUAACUUGACCCAACACCAACAGAGGCACCACUAAGAGGAGCCCUGUGAGUGCCCAGAGUGUGGGAAGAGCUUUGUGCUCUGCUCCAGCUCCAUUCCCCAUGGGAGGAUCGGUGUUGGAUGAUCCCCAGUGACCCCCGUUGGGCAGAGCCCUGGUGAUCCGUGGUCCUGGUGAUCUGUGUUGGGAAGACACCUGGGUGGGGGGGCUCUGCAUCAUCCUGUUUCCCUAUGGGGACCUGGGUGAGUGCAGGGCAGGAAUGUCCACACAAACCAACAUUGGGAAUUCCUUGGGGGGAGUGGAUUUGUUGACUUUCAACCCCAGAAAGUCUUCUGUGUUCAGUCCUGUCUUCUGGUGGCAUCCAGGAAUACUGAAUGGUCUUGGAGGUCUUUUCCAACCUCAUUGAU